CUUCUCAUACAUUGUUUCCCAACAAGAGAGAGAUACAUUGUAUCACGCGGAGGAUUCCACGAGACGCGGGGGGAAACGUUACCGAUACCCAGGAGGGUCUAGGAGCGGAUACCGUGUAUUUGUAGCUGCUCGUCUGCCCCGGAGGAGGAAUUACCUUGUUGAAUCUACACCACUGCGGGCUUUUGUUUUUUUAGCCCUUCUACCGUCCCCCCCAAAAAAAAUACCAUCAACCGCCCACCAAAUGCCGGUUAGGGGGACAUGAUCAGCUCCCCAUUGGCUUCUACAAGUCGUGAGAGUCCACGGGAGAUAAGAGCCGGUAAUCACAGUGUGCCCCCCAGCGACCCCCACAGACAGGCAGGAAGGCUGCCCAUCAAGGUGCUGAAGAUGCUGACAGCCAGGAGUGGGCACAUCCUACACCCGGAGUACCUACAACCCCUACCCUCCACCCCGGUCAGCCCCAUAGAGCUGGAUGCCAAGAAGAGCCCCCUAGCCCUGCUGGCCCAAACCUGCUCUCAGAUUGGGAAGCCGGAUCCUACCCCCUCCAAACUGUCUGCGGUCACUGGGACCACCACCGCCGGGGAGAAGGAGCCCAAAUCUGCCCCCCUCAAACUGAGCGACAUCGGGGCAGAGGACAAGUCCAGCUUCAAGCCUUACUCCAAGCCCCCCGACAAGAAGGAGUCCUCCGGGGGGGACAAGUCUGGAUUUCGUGUCCCCAGUGCCACCUGCCCUCCCUUUACCCCCAGGACCGGCAGCCCAGGCUCCCCACGCACCCCUCCCCCGUCUGUAGACCCCAAACCCACCGGGGAAGCCUUGGAUAAGAAGGAGGUCGAACCGUGCGCUAAGAGCGCUCCUUCCCCGCACGGCCGGCACAGCGUGGACCUUCCUCAGUCUGACGUCGGGGGCAAGAGCCUGUCCGCUGCCCCCUCCCCGACCCCGGUGUCCUCCAGCUCUUCGGGAUCGGUGCUGGGCUCGGGGCUGGUGGCUCCCGUGUCCCCCUACAAGCCUGGCCACACCGUGUUCCCCCUGCCCCCAGCGGGCAUCUCCUAUCCUGGCACCCUGGCCGGAGCCUACGCCGGCUACCACCACCAGUUCCUGACACACGGGGUGUCUCUGGACCACUCCAAAGGCAGCUCCAUGGUGGGUGCCCAGCUGGGCAGCCUGGGUUGCCCCAGCAAGUCUGCAGCCUCCAGCCCCCUGACCGGAGCCUCCCCUCCGUCGGUGAUGACCGCCAGCCUCUGCAGGGACCCCUACUGCCUCAGCUACCACUGCGCCUCCCAGCUGGGGGCAAACAGCAGCUGCGGCCACGACCUCAAAUCUGGAUACCCCCUGAUGUACCCCAGCCACGCCCUCCAUGGGGUCUCCCCUCCAUCCCUGCCCGGGCACCCCCUCUACCCCUAUGGCUUCAUGCUGCCCAACGACCCCCUGCCCCACGUGUGUAACUGGGUAUCCCCCACUGGCCCCUGCGACAAGCGCUUCUCCACCUCCGAGGAGCUCCUGAAUCACCUGAGGACUCAUACCACCUUCCCAGGGGCCACAGACAAACUCCUGCCCGGAUACCCCAGUUCCUCCUCCCUGGCAGCAGCUGCCAUGGCAUGCCACAUGCACAUACCCCCCACAGGACCCACCUCGGGCUCUCUCACCCUGCGCAGCCCCCACCACCACCCCCUGGGACUCAGCACCAGUCGCUACCACCCUUACUCCAAAAGCCCCCUGCCCUCAGGAGGUGCCCCGGUGCCCAUGUCAGCUGCCACAGGACAUUACUACUCACCCUAUGCCCUGUACGGGCAGAGACUCACCACAGCUUCUGCGCUGGGCUACCAAUAGCCACCACCGGAGGGCGCUCACACCAGGACACAAUAUACUUGGUUUUAAUGCGGUUUUUUAAGGAAAGAAAAUGAGAUUUUUGGGUGUUUCACCUAGGACUGGAUCCACGGACACUCUAAUUUAUUUCUGUUAGCUCCAAGCAGGACAUCUCAUUAAAAAAAAAAGUGAAUUUCUGGUAAUAAAAAAAAAUUAUAAAUCCUAAUCUGGGGACAAUUUUCAUUUUAAUGUUACUUAAAAAAAAAAAGACUUCUUAUUGUAAUGUAUCUAAUUUAACUUCUCAUUGGGAGUAACAAUCUUUUUCCUCCCCAAAAAAAUAAUAAUUACAAACAAUGCAUGUUUCUUACGUAAAGAGCCGGCGUUCUAAUUUCAAAAUUCAAUUAUUUUUCAUUUUAAAAAAAAAAAAUCACACAGAGAAAAACUUGGUAUUUUUUGUAUGUAUUCUGGGGGGAAAAAAAAUCGAAAAAAUAUUUUAUUGCUAAAAAAAAUCCCUCUUUUGCCUUAUUUUGUUUUUGGGAUAAAUAUUGUUUUUUUUUUUUUUUGGUAUGUUCGCUUGGGAAUUCUGCAUCUUGUACCAAAAUUCACACAGUGUAUUUGCUUUCAGAAUUAAAAAUAUUUGAUUUUAA